AUGACUCGACGUCUAGUUCCAGAAUCAAUUAUAAAACCUCCUUAUGCUGAACAAGGAAUUUCUUCUGUGUGGAAUCCUGAAGUUCCUUUAAACUCGCCUCAAGACAUUGUUGGUCUUAGAAAGGCUGGCAGUUUAGCAAAAUCAAUCCUGGAUUUGGGUCAAAAGAUGUGCUUGCCAGGUACAACAACCGAAGAAAUUGACAAGGCUCUUCAUGCUAUUAUUAUAGCCAAAGGAGCUUACCCAUCCCCACUCAACUACUCUGGAUUCCCAAAAAGUGUGUGUACUUCAGUGAACAAUGUAAUUGCUCAUGGCAUACCAGAUGAGCGUCCUUUACAAGAUGGAGACAUCAUAAAUCUCGAUAUUACUGUAUAUCUAGACGGGUAUCACGGAGAUACUUCCGCUACUUUUUUAGUUGGUGAAGUUGACGAAAAAGGAAAGGCAUUGGUGGAAUGUACACGCGAAACACUUGAAAAGUCCAUAAAUAUAUGUGGACCUGGUGUCCCGUUUAAAGAAAUUGGGCGUGUUAUUUGUGAGCACGCUGAUAAGUAUGGAUUCUCAGUCUCUGAAGAAUUGUCUGGACAUGGCAUAGGACGUGAAUUUCACUGUCAUCCUCUUAUUUAUCAUCAUUUGAAUGAUGAGGAAGGCCAUAUGGAAACGGGUAUGUCCUUCACAAUUGAGCCUAUCCUUUGCCAAGGAUCCCCUAUGGGAAUAAUGUGGCCAGAUCAGUGGACAAUCUCUACAGUUGAUGGUGGUAGAAGUGCUCAAUUUGAACACACGCUGCUGGUCACCGAAAAUGGUUUUGAGAUUCUCACAAAGUAA